AUGCAACACCGCCGAGAUGUUCUUUCGUCGCCCUUGAAGCGCUCUAAUACUACCCCUACUUUUCGGUCGAAAGCCAGUCAGAUCUUGAAUGAGGAUCCAGAUAAUGGAGAUACAGAGGAUGACGAGGAAACGCUGCAACUGAAGCUUGCUGAAAUUCAAGCCCGUCUUAAAUUGAAACAGCUGCAGAAGAGCCAAAAUCGAUCGGAAAAUGCAGCCUCUCCUGUUAAGAGCAGAAGCUUUGGCCUUGCACCAUCUCUAAGUCCCCGGAAGCAUACCAUUCCAAGAAGCCCCACAAGGAGGCAACACUCUGAUGAAGUACAAGUCCCAGUGUCACCCACUAGACGUCCUGUCUCUUUUCACGAGCCAUGGUCUCCUAGCCGGUAUAAGAUGGGCAUCGAUAAAGGCUGGAGAGCUAUCGAUGUGUCGCUAAAGCGACCUCCAAGCUUGCGAACAGACGCCCGGCCAAGCAGCCAGCUUGGAAGUCGGAGUGGCGCUAUAUCCCAUUCAAGUGAUAUUUUUUCACCCAGGCAUCAAACUUCAACCCGGGGUGAAGAUUUGACAAGAAUUAAGAGUUUCAGCCAACGAAUGGCCGAGGGCCGAUCAGUCGAGAAAUCUCGAAUUGAAAGGGCAGGGAGGGCAGAGAAAAUUAAGGCAAAUCGCAGUUCGGCAUUCCAACUGGACCACAAAGAGAUCGAGUCUUUUAAGACCGCUGCAGCGAAUGAAAAUGACCAGUCACAAUCACCUAUGAGCCGGGAGCCACAAGAAAUGAGGUUCAAUCGAGACGACAUCAUGAAAUCGCUUGGCCAACAUCGAUCCACUAGUUUACAGGGCAGUCAAAAAACGUCGAAAGCCAAGAAAACUGGUGAUCAGGAUGGAGAAACUAUCGAAAACGCGGAUGGCGCAGACUCAUCCAAGUUUGAAUCUUAUUCAGCUCAAAAUCUGUCGACUCGCAUCCUACCUCAUUCCUUCUUGAGCCGAAAUUUGGCUAACAAAACUAUCCUCCGCAUACCUGAUCUUCUGCAAAAAGUCAAAUCCCCUGAUUUUGAGCUGCCAGAGGAUAUAGAAGACUUUGUUGUUUUUGGAAUUAUCGCAUCCAAAUCUGCUCCACGGCAAAAGAAAGAGUCAGGGAAUACCUCAAAAAAGACAGUGGAUCCUUUCGAUGAUGGUCUCAACAACACCAAUCAAUAUAUGGUGAUGACUUUGACUGAUCUCAAGUGGACUAUUGAACUACUGCUUUUCGAUACUGCCUUCCCCCGUUACUACCGAAUGACUGAGGGCACACUAGUUGCCAUUUUGAAUCCUACUCUCAUGCCACCUCAAAAACACAAACUGGAUACUCAAAAGUUCAGCUUGGCUCUCUCGUCAUCAGAUGACAAGAUUCUCGAGAUUGGGAAAUCUCAGGACAUUGGAUUUUGCAAGAGUAUCAAGAAAAGUGGCAUUACCUGCAGAUCUUGGCUAGAUGGUCGAAAGACCGAGUUCUGUGACUAUCAUGUCGAUAUCCAGGUGCGGCAAUCUCAAGGUGCACGCGCAGGGAUUAACAAAGGUACCGGCAUGUUCGGCCCCGGCGGAUCGCGAACGGGACAUUACGAGGGAAAUCCCUGGCAGAGAAAGGAAAGCGUCCACAAAAAUCCUACGCAGAGGAAAGAGUUGAGACCAAAAAGCGGAACGUUCGAUUAUGCCUCUCAAUCAACGGUGUACCUUGCACCGGCUCCCAAAGCCCGUGGCGCCGGUCGUCCAUCUUAUAAUCCACACGGAGGGUCAGCAAGUUUACUUGACGAGGAUCCCUUCAUUGCGGCCGGAUUGAUGGGUCGUGGUAUGGAAAAUAAAGAAGAGCGGCUACGCAGACGUCUCGCCAAUCAACAGCGAGAAAGAGAUAUCACAACGAAGCUCGUCUCUGGGGAUUCUGGCGGUGUUGGUGCCGAUUAUCUUCGAGCACGCGCAUCGAAUGUAACGCCACUUAGAGUUGAGAAUAAAGACAAGCAACCUGGCACACCAAAGAGUCGAUUUCCAGACGGCAAUGGGAUGAACCUUGCCAGCUUCGGUAGAGCGCAGAAUGUACAACUUGGACCACCCAUGAAGCGUGCCCAUGAUGGCGACAGGCUACAUGAAAGUGGUGUUAAGAAAACUCGCUUUAUCACACCCAAGGGUAUCAGAGAGGCUGGUCGUGAGAGCUUGGGUGGCCCUGGAGCAAUCAAACAUCGACGAAUAUUAUCAGAUGAUGACGAUGAUGAUGAACUAGAAUUCGUCUGA